AGAGUUUAUCCUGUUGUUCAUCGUACGAAGCCAGUGAAUGUGGCAGCUGUUGAUGAAAGUCUACAAGAGACUGUUGGAAAUCCUUUUCGUAACAUGCCAAGUUUGUAACCCGUAUGGAAGAGCUAACCGACUUGACAUUGGUAUUGAAAAUGCGAAUCUUAUUCCUUAUGCUGAGUGCGGAAGAUUUCCAAACUGGUUUCAGGUUGAUGAAGGAGUAUCUUGCCUUUCCGAUUCUGACUGGCUUUGACAUCUUCAUCCGUUCCGACUGCCUGUGGUUGAAACGAUGCUUCUUAGACAAGUGAAGGAAGUAACCUCUGUUGAAUCUCUCCCACUGAUGCUGAUUGCCGCUGGUUGCUGUUGUUGUGGUGGUUCGUUGGUUAUCUUCAUCACCUCCGUCUUCUCUAUCUUCACUUGGAGACUCGUCUUGUCUACCUCUUCAACCAGUGUGUUGGUUUUGGCCUCAUCCAGCAAAUCCUUCAUAAGCGUAACAUUGUAAAUUAUCACAGUUGCAACGUAAACACCACUGUGAACCAUGGAGCGACCUUGGGACCUAACCAAUCGGGAACAAAUAUAUCCAACAGGAUCUAACAAUUUGUUAAGACUUGCUGGUUCUUCAUGGAUUGAACCGCUGAAAACUAGUGAAUGCACGAACCGCAUUAUAAAUGUGACGUCUUUUGAAACGGAAUGUCAGACUAGUCCGUCUUUUCCAGAAGACAAUACAGACAGUAUAAUUGGACUUUCAAAAAGUGAGAAUCUCGCAUCUUUACAAGAUGAUAAUUGGGCUGUGGUUGGUGAUGAUCUACUAUUAACAAUUAUGGAAGAGGAUGUUGAACGAUUAGUUGAGUUAUUCCCUGGAGCAUGUAAAUUUGAUUAUGAGAAUGGAGAGAACAGUGUAUUCUUUGGGCGUUGUAAACGGUGUUCAGUUCGUCUUAAACCAAAUCACGCCUUCCUAGAUUAUUAUGAUGCAUGUUUUUAUUGUGUGAAUUGUCAUCAACUACAAGAAGCAGUUAUUCCACGUGAUAUCAUAACAAACUGGGAUUUCUCACCGAAACCAGUUUCUCAGAUUACUCAUCAAUUCUUAAGUGCACUACAUAAUAGGCCUGUAAUAAAUUUGGCUAAAUUAAAUCCUAUUCUGUAUGCUGCUAUACCUGAUUUAUAUCUAAUUAGACAACUUCGACGUACUCUAGUACUGCUGUGGCAUCAAAUAGUUCAAUGUGAUGGUAAAACAGUUAGAAAAUUACGAGAUUGUUUCCAUUCUCGAAUGUAUAUGCUGCGUAAUAUCAGUGAUAUUGAUGUGUAUUCAGUAAUAGAUUUAAUACUUGCACAUUCUUCAAAAUUAAAAGAGUUGUUAAAAAAUGCAAUUGAAAAUAUUGCCUUAGCACAUGUAUAUCAAUGUCAAGUGUGUAGAAGACGAGCUUUACUUUGUGAUUAUUGUGAUGAACUUAGUAAGCCUAUAUGGACACAUGAGUUCAGCACUUAUAAACAUUGUAUUAAUCCAGGUUGUUCAAAAGUUAUGCAUAUCAGUUGUCUAAUAAUGUCAGAUAAAGAAUUAAUGUCUAGUAUAGGAUGUUGUUUUGAGCGUCAGUUUGUGUCAACACCCCCCAAAGAUUGUUCUGAGUUAAUCUCUUUGGACAUACAAUGUAUAUCGUGUAGAGAUUAUCGUUUAUCAUUUUCAACAAACAAUCAAGUGAUUGGGCAUUAUGCUGAUCCUUUUAUUAUUCCUAAAACAUGAUCUGAGAAAUUAUUUCAUCAUCUUUUUUAUUGUUAUUUAUAAAUGAUAUUCAAUAUUGAGUUUUGUAAAAAAAAUAAUACCCUAUGUGAAUUUGUAAAGUAUGAACUUCAUAAGAAUAAAUGUAUAUUUUUC